AUGACUGGGAAGGACUUGGAGAACACUUUGAUCUUCGCCGAUGAACGAGGAAUGGUACACGAAGCAGUGGUAAAAGGACGGCGCAUUCCAUUCAAGAUGAACGUUGAGUAUGAAGUACAUGAUAUCUACAACCUUAAGACCGAAGAUGACAAGGAUUGGGUCGUCUCGAGGGCGAACUACACUAAUGUCACUCUCGAGGACUUCAAAGCUUUACUUCAACACGAACGACUACCUUAUCGACGUCGAACUCGUCCAGACACUGAGAACCUGAGGAAGGGGCACCUAGCUCUCCUGACGACCUUCUACGAGGCCUCCGGUCGCCUUCAGCCUCCCUCAAAGGCGGCCCUAAGAUCCCUCGGCUCAUGGGCGGCGCCGCACCUCAAAUUCCGAGACUACUGGGCGUGGGCGUGGCGCGUGGGCGGAGCCACAUUGGGCGAGGCGUUAGUCAGUUCGCCUCAGAGCAUACUGGACGCCCCCGCGCCGGUGCAUCUGCACCUGGAUGUCGACCUUCACGUUAACUCUUCUGCCUCUGGAAGGUUUUGUCGCGAAUGGCCUCAAGAUGACCUCUGGAAGAAACGCUCGUACUUCUGUGACCUCUAUGAUGGGUACGGUGACCUCUGCUCUUGCGAUGACCCCUUUCUUCCCGGCAGCGCCCCUCCGCGUAUGGACACUUGGCGUGAGGAGGUGGCGGUGGUGAUUGUCGCUGGCUCACGACCUCGCUAUCUGUACAGGCUCCUGAGACAGCUGCUAACCCAACCCGGGAUGACCUCUGACCUCGUCCUGGUGUCCGUCGACGGCGAAGACGAGGAGACAGUUCGGCUUUUAGAAGUCCUUGAGCUUCGGUUCUUCCUGCACACUCCCGAAGGCUCUUUAGGCUCCACUAAGAUCUCCAGUCGUGCACGUGAGUUGGAGGAGGCCACGCCCAUCCCCUCGUCUCCGCCCAGAGAUCGCUAA